AACAUCCCCUUUCACUUGACCUCUGCCACCUUACUACCUGCCAUCUACUGUGAUGUUCUAAAGAUUCUGCAAAUCAAUCUAGCUUUCUAUCUACUCAUUCAGCAGUCUAAUAAUCGUACCAAUAUUUUAUUGGCCAUGCGGAAGUUGCAGCACCCUCUUUAUACAUUCCAGGAUCUUGUAUUCCUCAUCCCUAACAAUUUCUUUCCAGAUAACCCACCUAAAAAAUUCCUUAUAUUUUUUGACAAGAUCACAGAUUUAGUAAAGGUGAGUCAAUUCCUACAUGCCUGGUUACCUAUGCAAUAUUGCCAGAAAAUCAAAUGGUUUAAUGCUCAUAUGACAGAGCAAUUCCAUGAGACCGAGUUACAAGCCAUAAAGGAUGGUGACAUAUGGGGGCUUCUUUGCACCAAUUCAUUUGGCAUGGGAAUUGACCUGCCAGAUAUUGAACUUGUUAUUCAAUAG